AUGCUCGAACGACCAGCAUCUUCAACCAAAGAAGCCAACCAGCCCUUCCCAUUUGGCCAGAGUCACGUGGGCAACAUGGCUUUCGAACCAUCCAAUCACCGAACUGUUGAGUUCUACCUGUCAAGCCUCUGGUCCUGGCAGCCAGAGGGCCGCAAUCGUAUCCUUGAGAAUUUGCAGGGUUGCGAGUUGGAGAAGGCAGACUUUGCCUGGGACGACAAGCGCGAUUGGCUUCGGGUCCAGUGCCUGGAGGCCGACAAGGACUACGUCCUGAAAGAAUACUUCAAGGCUCAGGCGGAGAUGGAGAGCGAGCUCAAGAAGAAGGACAUGAUCCAGGACGAUGGCAGCCUGAUCCCGAACGUCGAGAACGAACUCAUCAAGACCUCGCGGCCCGCUUUGGCCGUACCAAACGAAACGAUUGAGACUGACGCCCCUACCGAAUCGCGCGAUCGCAGGGAGGCUGUCAGGAGGAUGGAUUAUUUUGGUGGUGGCUGUGGCUACAGACAAGGUCUUUACACGCGGAAGAAGCGUCAGGUGGACGACAGCGACGCUGCGGCUUACUUGUUCUGA